CAUCACCUCGUCUCUACAAGGAUAGAACGCGUGUUUUCUCUCCUCCAUUCCAUUUUGGCUCGACGCUGAAGGCCAUGCGUCGCAGACUCAAACACUGAAUCUACAAAGUACCACCAGAACUCCAGCUGCGCAUUCCCAAAAUCAUCAAAAGCUAUAACCCCCUCUCCCUCCUCCAAAAUGUCCUCGUAUCCCAAAUUCACGAAGUCAAACAAGCGGGCGCUUGCCGAAUCAUACAUCCAGCAGAGUCAAUCUUCCAAUGCUAAGAAACCCCGGUUCGACACACGCAACCCAUCUGCUCUGGCGGCGGGCCCCGAUGACGCGCUCGAUGAAGAAGAUGAAGCGGUUCUCGCAGCGGAUGUUAUCGGCCCACGAGGUCAGCAGGUUCGGCGUGGCGCAGUCAACAUUGAUGGCUAUGACUCAGACUCGGAUAAUGACAACUUCAAUGCGAGAGCUGAUGAACGGGCUAGAAAAAGCAAGGCUGAGGAGCAGGCGGCUAAAGCCAAAGCCAAAGCCGAGUCGGACGACGACAACGACAUGUUUGCAGAUCUAGAGGAGGACUUCAAGGACGGAGAACGCAGUGGAGACGGAGACUCGGACGAAGAUGGAUUGGCCCCGAGGAAGAAGAAAAAAGCGGUCAGGUUCCUCCAGGCAGACCAGAUUGUGGGACAAGUUGAGACUUCCAAGAGCGGAGGCCACGUUUCGGCGGAUUUCAGCCUCAGCGCCACGCAACGUGGCAAAGGUAAAGGCCGGGCUGGAGAUAUUGAGGAUCAAGAGGUGGAGAGUAGUAGUGAAAGUGAAGUCGACGAUGCAGUGCGCGCAAGUGUCGAAGAUCUCGAUCCGGAGCUCGGUGCAGGGUCGAAAAAGACGCACGCUCCGAAACUCGAUGCCUUCAACAUGAAGUCAGAGCUUGAAGAGGGUGGCUUUGACGAUCAGGAGAAUUACGUCAGGAAAAAGGUGGACCCGGACGCCCAACAUGAUGUCUGGCUUGAAGGCUUGUCCAAGAAGGAGAUGAGAAGGGCAAAGGAGGCAGCUGACCGAAGAGAGAUUCAACGCCGGGAGCGUGCCUUGCAGGACGACGCCGUCUCGUCCAGCCAAGUCUUGGCCACGUUGAUUCCUUUACUGGAGAAAGGCGAGACCAUCCUAGAAUCUCUUGCACGUCUAGGCAAACGCAAAGAUAAGAAGCCCAAGUGGCAGACAAAAAACAAGAACAAAAGGCAGAAUGGCACGACUACACAACACCAGUCUCCGCCCGAAGACGAUGUCGCGGACAAGACACGACGACAACAGAUUGAAAAAAUCACCGAAGCCGCCGAUGCCCUCCUCACACGAGGUCAACCCGACAUCUACGACUGUGAAAGGGAGUUACUCGUCCGUCAGUACAAGAGAGAAACUGGUGAAGAUUGGAUUGACGCUACACAGCCCAGCGUUGACGACGACCUCGAACCCACUGAACAGCUCUGGGAAUACAGGUGGACCGAUGCUCGAGAUGGUGGAACCAUUAAUGGUCCGUAUGAUGCUAAUACCAUGCAGCAGUGGAACAGUGCUGGUUACUUUGGUGACGGCGUCGAGUUUCGUAGAAAGAAUGUGGGCGACUGGACCAGAGUUGCAGAGUUCGCCUAAUUUCAAUG